UUCGAGACCUUAGUCUCACAGGCUCUCGCUCCAAACUUUGCAGGGCGGAGAAAGCAGCGGCCAUGGAGACGUUUCACAAAUAUCUUGUUCCAACGUUCUUAGCUCUGAGUCUCUUAGCUGUGUCCAUGGCGGCAACGGAGAAGAAGAAUGAGGUCCAGAAGAGUACUUAUAUAGUUCAUAUGGCGAAAUCUGAGAUGCCAGAAACUUUCGAGCACCAUUCAGUCUGGUACGAGUCGUCUCUCAAAUCAGUAUCGGACUCAGCUGAAAUGCUUUAUACCUAUGAUACUGCGAUCCAUGGAUUUUCCACAAGAUUGACUGAAGAAGAAGCUCGAUCACUUGAAAGCCAAUCUGGAAUCCUCGCUGUGCUGCCAGAGAUGAGGUACGAGCUACACACCACUCGGACCCCUGAGUUUCUCGGACUCGACAAAGAAGCCGAGUUCUUUCCUGAAUCAAACGCCCCCGGUGAGGUGAUUAUUGGAGUUUUAGAUACCGGAGUCUGGCCGGAGAGCAAGAGCUUCGAUGAUGCUGGACUCGGACCCAUCCCCAGUACCUGGAAAGGCGAGUGUGAAACAGGUACAAAUUUCACUGCCUCAAGCUGUAACAGGAAGUUGAUUGGAGCAAGGUAUUUCUCAAAGGGCUACGAGGCUACCUUGGGUCCAAUCGAUGAAACAAGGGAGUCGAAAUCGCCGCGAGACGAUGACGGCCACGGGACUCAUACUGCGAGCACAGCGGCUGGAUCAGUAGUUCAAAACGCAAGCCUCUUCGGGUACGCAGCUGGGACGGCGCGUGGGAUGGCCACGCGCGCCAGAGUUGCAGCCUAUAAAGUUUGCUGGAUGGGAGGCUGCUUCAGUUCUGAUAUAUUGGCCGCCAUCGACAAGGCCGUCUCUGACAACGUCAAUGUGCUUUCCUUGUCGCUCGGAGGUGGGAUGUCGGAUUAUUACAGAGACAGUGUGGCGAUGGGAUCUUUCGCAGCAAUGGAGAAAGGGAUUUUAGUUUCUUGCUCCGCUGGGAACGCAGGUCCCAAUGAGUACAGUCUCUCUAACGUAGCACCAUGGAUAACUACCGUAGGUGCUGGCACACUGGAUCGAGAUUUUCCUGCUUAUGUUAGCCUUGGCAAUGGUAAAAAAUUUUCAGGUGUGUCUCUUUACAGAGGCAAUACUCUGCCAAAUUCUCCGCUUCCCAUUGUGUAUGCCGGAAAUGCCAGCCAUGCCUCAAAUGCUAAUUUGUGUAUGAUGGGAACGUUAAAGCAAGAAGAUGUUGCCGGAAAGAUAGUGUUGUGCGAACGUGGAGUUAGUGCGAGGGUGCAAAAAGGAUCUGUAGUGAAAGCCGCCGGCGGUUUAGGUAUGGUUUUGGCGAACACCGCCUCUAACGGUGAAGAACUGGUGGCCGAUGCCCAUCUUUUGCCAGCCACGGCGGUGGGUGCGAGGGCCGGCGAAGCCAUCAAGAACUAUGUUAUGUCUGAUCCGAAACCGACGGUGAGGAUUGUAUUCGAGGGAACCAAAGUUGGGAUCCAGCCGUCACCAGUUGUCGCGGCUUUUAGCUCCCGGGGUCCCAACACCAUUACUCCGGAGAUACUAAAGCCUGACUUUAUCGCGCCAGGUGUCAACAUCUUAGCUGGAUGGUCAAAAGCAGUAGGCCCCACUGGAUUAGCCUCUGAUGACAGGCACGUGGAUUUCAACAUCAUAUCUGGCACCUCCAUGUCCUGCCCUCACGUAAGCGGCUUAGCGGCUUUGAUCAAAGCGGCUCACCCAGAAUGGAGCCCAGCCAUGAUUCGAUCGGCGCUCAUGACCACAGCGUACACCACUUACAAAGAUGGCCAGACGUUGAAAGACAGCUCAACGGGAAAACCCUCCACACCGUUCGAUCACGGGUCAGGACACGUAGACCCCGUAGCAGCCAUUAAUCCCGGGCUCGUCUACGAUCUAACAGUAGCCGAUUACCUAGACUUCCUCUGUGCCCUGAAUUACACCACCGCACAAGUAACCAGCUUGGCGAGGAGAAAAUUCUCGUGCGACGCAAGCAAACGAUACAGUGUGACCGCACUUAAUUACCCUUCAUUCGCGGUGGUCUUUCAAUCAGUGAGUGGGACCGGCGUAGUUAAACACACGCGGACUCUUACUAACGUGGGGACCGCAGGAACAUACAAGGUGUCGGCAACGUCAGAUACCCCAAACGUUAAAAUCUCAGUGGAACCGGAGGUGUUGGAUUUCAAGGAAAAGGAGAAAAAAUCAUAUACGGUUACGUUCACGUCAUCGGGUGCGACACCACGGACUCAGUACGGGUUUGGUCGCUUAUCGUGGUCUGAUGGAAAGCACGUUGUGGGAAGCCCAAUCUCAUUUAGCUGGGGAAGUUAGGAAGCUCCGAAUUCGGAUUCUAUGUUUUAAUUCUAAGCGCUCCAUAGAAGGGUGAUCAAAGGUUCAUCACUCACUCGAAGAGGGGUGUGUUUGAUUGGCUAGCUCGUUAUAUUUGAAUCUAGGAAAAACGAAAUGUUUAAGGUUAUGUGGUUGAUGAAACAAAACAAGAGCUGGGAAUUAUGUUGUGUUUGUUCCUGGGAGAAAUUUUCUUCCAGCGUACAGCCUUGGAUGGAUAUAUUCAAUUUGCUGCUGGCUCGUUAAUUAUGAUAUUUUAGCCCAUUUUUAUUCAAGCUGUUGUUUUCAGAAAUAAAUUGUGUGUCAGAGUCCAAAGCUCAGCGAAUGAAGAAAUGGAGUUGGUUGAUGACUUGAUGCUGAAAGCGAAAAGACAGAGAAAAUGUGUGGGGAUGAGAGCAUGUGGUGACUCAAGAUGUUUCCCAAUUUUCUUUCAAUGUUCCCUCUUAUUUUGAACAAGUCCAUCAAUAUCCUAGUUUCCAGCUUGCUUCAUUAUUGCAUUUGUGAAUUUAGAAGGGCAGGCUGCCCCGAACUGUCACAUGGGAUUAA